AUGUGGUGCAAAAUAUUGUUAGUGGGGGUACUUUGCACAGUACUACCCAGUUAUGGGUACAAAGCUAAAGAUAUGUGUAAAACACAUGAUAAAAUUGUAGCAGCUGGUUACCCAGCGGAACGAUAUGACGUGGAGACAAAGGAUGGCUACAUUCUAGAAGUUAACAGAAUACCUCGUGGUAAAAACCCAUGGACCCUUCGGAGACCAGUCGUUUUCUUGAUGCAUGGUCUCACUGGCUGCUCCAACUCUUACGUUGAACUCGGGCCUAAAUAUGCUAUGGGAUUCAAUUUGGCUGACUCCGGUUUCGACGUGUGGAUUGGAAACGCCAGAGGCGUAGGCAAUUCCAGGCGACACAAAUCACUCAACCCAGAUGACUAUUUCCAAAAGAAAGAUUUCUUCGACUUCACUUGGGAACACAUCGCUCUUAAUGACAUGCCUGCUAUGAUAGACUUUGCGUUACAAAAAUCUGGCCAAGACAAGCUUCACUACAUUGGUCAUUCCCAGGGAGGGACCGUGUUCUUGGUCCUCAACUCUAUGAAGCCUGAAUAUAAUGCGAAAUUCGCAUCAGCACAUUUGCUGGCUGGUGUUGGAUACCAGAAAAACUUCCCCAACACCCUGUUGAAAACUGCGGCGGCGUUAACUACUAGUAUUCAUACCCUAGCUUCCGCCAGAGGCGUUUAUGAAAUUUACGGUCCGAACUGGAAUACAAACCGCGCCGCUACUAGAAACAGUGCAGGAACUCCUGACGUUGAAGAUAUUCUGGAAGAAAUCGUUGAUGGAGCCGACCUAAUGGCAGGGUCAGCCGUCAAACAAUUCGCGCACUACGGACAAAACAUCAACGACAAAGCUUUCAGAAGAUGGUAUUAUACACCAACUAUGAACCUGCUAAUAUAUGGAUCUCUCGAUCCACCUAAGUACGACUUGAAAAAAAUUAAUGUAGACGUCAUAAUGCAUUACACUGUUGGAGAUGAGUUGCUUGACGAGAGAGACGUUCUUGCGAUGGUUAAGGACCUGCCUAGGGCUACGGCGAGGAAGGUGGCGAAGGCAGACUUUAAACACGUUGAUUUCGUAGCUUCUUCCUAUGUGAAGACAUUGGUUACGGAUUUCAUUGUUGAAGAUCUUAGACGGCGUUAA